CUGCACAGGAAGAGGCGAGAUCUGAUUCAAUACGAUUGUACUUUUGUGAGAACAUUGAAGCACAAGCUCUUGGCAAACCACAGCACUCGGAAUCUUCACAACUAGACUAAAAGGCAGUUACAACGACAUCGCUGGAAAUCGGGCUGCCGGUAACGAUAUUCGUCGCGAAGCCAGCGGAUAAUUUCUCGUUUCUCGUUUCUCGUUCGCGAGGAGAGAGUUUGGAAGUGUGAUGGUGUGAGAGGAAACGGUGUAAUUCAUACAGAACUUCAAGUUCACCACGAUUUUUGACUUACGGAACAAUAAGACGGAGUCCAGAUGCAGUUUUCAUAUAAUUCCGACUAUCCAGGCCUCACGGCAGCGACGGCAUCUUCCCCUUCUACAUACAACCAGACCGAGAACAUUCCGCGAGAUCCUCCCCAAUUUCCACCGGCAGAGCCCAUACCGUGUGCCAAAAUAACUACUCGAGUCUUUCACCCGACCCGCAAUCAAGUUUCCAUUGUACGAGAUGUGCUGAUACGGACCAUGAAUUGUCCAGUCGGAUUGGGAUCUCUCGGCAACAACAACAAUAAUAUCAAAUGCGAUGGCGGUCUUGCGGGUGGGAACAUGUCUUCGGAUUCUUCUUCUUCGCAAUCAUCAUCCGAUGACGACAGCAUGGCUCUCGACGACGAUAGCGUCGAUUCUUCGUCGUGGUCGCCCMAUAUACAAAACGACGCCAAUGAAAUUAAACACGCAUACUGGAUUCAAAGAACGAUUCGUGAAGCAAUAUACGGCCGGGUUCUAUUUGCCGUUAUUCUCAAACGACGACCGAGAUCCCUCGUACUGUCAGAUGGGGCCGAAUGGGAGGUGACACGGGAUCAUUGUGCCGUCAAAGAAAUGUCGUUAGAGCACAUCCGUCGAGAAAAAGACCGAUUGGCAGAGGAUCCGAUAAAGGAAGUAGCAUCAAUGCAAUAUUUAAAUCGGUGGUGGCGAUAUUCGCAGCAGUGUAGCAUACAACAACAUCAACUUCAUCAAUUACACCACGACCACAUGGUGAUACCUCCCUUGCAACAAGCCGACAACAAUAGUCAUGCCGACGUAACUCAAUCCUUUUUUGCGAUGAGAGAUACUAACAUCAUGAUGCCUCUCGACUUGCUGUUGGACGAACGGAAUUUGUAUAGUAUAAUGCCUUAUUGCGACGGGGGCGAACUCUUCGAACGGUUAGAUCUCAACGAACGCUUUUCCGAGGACGAGGCGCGGUAUUGGAUGCAUCAGGUGCUCAACGUAAGUCCGAUAUAAGAGAAGGAAUCUUCCCAUACGGAACAGUAACUUGCUUGGCACUGAAUGCGUCAUCUAUGGUCGCGUUCCCUUUUUCGCAUGCAAUCGGAUAAUUUACCACUGCCAUCGGUGAAAGGUAUCUAUACAAAACGUGUUUUCUAUGUUCUCUCAUAUUAUCUGUUGCACUUUUGCGUCCAGGGUUUGGAUACUUUACAAAAAGUUGGUAUAUGUCACCGUGAUAUGAGUUUAGAAAAUCUACUGGUCCACAAAGAUGGAGCCUUGAUCAUUGACAUGGGAAUGUGCCUAUUGGUACCCUUUUGUGACGAGGAUCCAAGUAGCCUCGCGGCACCUUUAGGAAAUAUGAAGAUGAACGGAGAAUCAAAACUGAACCAAUCUACAUUACCUGGAAGGCUUCGACGGCGCAGUCUGAUUCGACCGCAAGGAACAUGCGGGAAAUGGAUAUAUAUGGCUCCCGAAAUAUGCCGGAAUGAAGAACCAUUUGAUGGCUUUGCUGUAGAUAUGUGGGCUGCGGGUGUUAUACUGUUUCUAAUGUUGACGGGUUUCCCUCCUUGGGAACGUGCUUGUCACACGGACGAACGAUUUCAUUAUAUGACGGCCGGAUACCUAGUUCAAAUGCUGACCGAGUGGGAUAUCGGAUUGACCAGCGAUGCAAUGGACUUGUUGCAACGGAUGCUCUUUUUAGAUCCGAAGGAUCGACUGAGUUUAGAACAGGUACGGGCCCACCCCUGGAUGAUCAUUCGUCGUCAAGAACAGCCACUGGGCCUUCAACGAAACAUGUGAUAUGGGAAUACUGCUAGCGGAAAAGGUCCACUUUGCGUACAGUGAUACCAAGUAGACAGCUAUUAGUGCUACAGAUGGGAAAUAGCAAUUAUUUGAAUGUUAACCAUAGAUUUCGGCUUCACUUUUUCCUCUUCCAUUUUUGUGGUUUAGAAUCCAACCAAUGCCAACCUUUAAUCGUCCUUGUCUUUCUAUUAUUAAAACUAUGCUUACUUU